ACACACACACACACACACACAACGACGGCGGCCGCGCUUUGCAGCACGCAGGAGAGCUCGUUCUCAGAAACCUGUUACUCUCUGCUCAUGUGAUGGCCGAUUGCCGCGCCGCCGAGUCCCCCUCCUCCUCCUCCUCCUCUUCCUCCUUUUCAUCCUCAGAUUAAGUAGCGGGCGACCUGCGCUCCUGAAAUAAUCGGUUUUGGUGUCUUAAUGAGGAUAUUGCGGCAAUGGUGAAGGACAAGGCCGAAGACCGGACGCUUCAGUAUCAGCAAACUUUGAUGUAUGGGCGCUACACCCAGGAGCUGGGGGUGUACGCCAAGGAGGAAGCAGCCCGCCUACGGGAUGGAGGCGCACGGGAUGGCGGAGGACUGCGAAGGAACACCAGCGUCCGUAGUCGUGCUGCAGAUCUUCUGGAGUACGAGAAAGACCCCUGUGCAAAGUGCCAGCUGUGUGCGUCUCGCUGUCAGAAGUUCCUGAUCUCACGGGUGGGGGAGGACUGGAUCUUCCUCAUCUUGCUGGGCCUGCUCAUGGCUCUGGUCAGCUGGGUCAUGGACUACGCCAUCGCCUUCUGCCAAGAAGCACAGAAGUGGAUGUAUGGUGGACUGGAUAGUAACUUGCUCCUGCAAUACAUCGCCUGGGUCACCUACCCCGUAGUGCUCAUCACUUUCUCAGCGGGAUUCACACAGAUUCUGUCUCCUCAGGCUGUGGGUUCAGGUAUUCCUGAGAUGAAGACCAUACUGAGGGGGGUGGUCCUGAAGGAGUACCUGACUUUUAAGACGUUUGUGGCCAAAGUCAUCGGCCUUACCUGUGCUCUGGGCAGUGGGAUGCCUCUGGGGAAGGAGGGUCCCUUUGUCCAUGUUGCCAGCCUGUGCGCCGCUCUCCUCAGCAAAUUCAUGGCUGCUCUUUUUGGAGGGAUUUACAUGAACGAGAUGAGGAACACGGAGAUGCUGUCGGCUGCCUGUGCAGUGGGUGUUGGCUGCUGCUUUGCUGCCCCUAUUGGAGGGGUGCUGUUCAGUAUUGAGGUCACUUCGACAUUUUUCGCUGUGAGGAACUACUGGAGGGGCUUCUUUGCUGCCACCUUCAGUGCCUUCAUAUUCAGAGUGCUGGCAGUGUGGAACCAGGAGGAAGAGACCAUCACUGCUCUCUUUAAGACCCGUUUCCGCCUGGACUUCCCAUUUGACCUUCAGGAGCUGCCAGCAUUUGCCAUCCUUGGGAUUGCCUGUGGUUUUGGUGGAGCACUGUUCGUCUACCUGAACCGGCUGAUUGUGGAGUGCAUGAGGAAACAGAAGACCAUAAACAAGUUCUUGCUGAGGAAGCGUCUGGUGUAUCCGGCUCUCGUCACCCUGCUGGUCUCCACACUCACGUUCCCUCCGGGUUUCGGACAGUUCAUGGCUGGACAGUUGACGCAGCACGAGUCUCUGGUCGCACUUUUCGACAACCGCACGUGGUGCCGUCAUGGGGUGGCGGAAGAGUUUGACUACAUCAGCCACCACCAUGCCUGGAAACACCCACAGGUCAACGUUUUCAUCACACUCGUCCUCUUCAUCAUUAUGAAGUUUUGGAUGUCUGCUGUGGCCACCACCAUGCCUGUUCCAUGUGGAGCUUUCAUGCCAGUUUUUCUCAUCGGGGCAGGAUUUGGCAGACUUGUCGGAGAGAUCAUGGCAACCAUGUUUCCAGAUGGAAUACAUGCUGACGGCAGCGUGUAUCCUAUAGUUCCUGGUGGUUAUGCUGUCGUAGGUGCUGCUGCAUUGUCUGGAGCAGUCACCCACACUGUAUCCACAGCGGUCAUAGUGUUUGAGCUGACUGGUCAGAUCUCCCACAUCCUGCCUGUGAUGAUCGCUGUGAUUCUGGCCAAUGCCGUGGCCCAGUCCCUCCAACCAUCGUUGUACGACUCUAUCAUCCGUAUCAAGAAACUUCCUUAUCUGCCUGAGCUGGGCAUGGGCCAUCACGAGAAGUAUAAUAUCCGUGUGGAGGACAUCAUGGUCAGGGAUGUGCGCUUCAUUACUCUUAGUGCUUCCUAUCGAGAUCUGCAGGAGGUGCUGCUGACUGGUCAGCUCAAGACACUGGCCCUGGUUGAAUCUAGAGAGUCCAUGAUCCUACUGGGCUCCAUCGAGCGACUGCAGCUCCAGUCUCUGCUCUCCCUUCAGCUGGGCCGCCAGAGGAGACUGGAGUACCUUCGCCAGCUGGCCCAGGACAAUGGCACCAAUGAUCACCUGCCCAGCCUGACCAGUGACAGCACCCCCAGCUCCCCCUGCGCCCACUCCCACAGCAACGCCUCCGCCAACACUCGCCAAGUGGUUCGCUUCCUGGUGAGCACCCAACAGAUAUCCACAGAGGAGUCGUCCUCCUUCAGCCCAGUGGUCUCCAAUGUUCAGCUUCCUUUGAAAUCUGCCUUGAAAACAGUGUCUGCCAUCAGUGACACAGAGACACCGAAUAGCUCUCAGACCCUCUCCUGUGCAGACCAAGACAAGGAGCUGCUGGAGGACUCCACAGAAGUGGAAGAUUGUAUGUCCCCAUCAGAGAUAGCAGAGUGGGAGGAGCAGCAGCUCGAUGAACCGGUCGAUUUUAAGAACUGUAAGAUUGAUCCGGCUCCCUUCCAGCUGGUGGAACGAACAUCUCUGCACAAGACUCACACCAUCUUCUCUCUGCUGGGUCUGGAUCAUGCAUAUGUGACCAGCAUGGGACGUCUGGUUGGAGUGGUCUCUCUCAAAGAGCUGCGUAAGGCCAUCGAGGGCUCAGUGACAGUGACUGGAGUUAAAGUGCGCCCUCCAUUGGCCAGCUUCCGUGACUCUGGGAACACCACAAGUGUAUCUGAGGUAACAGAACUACACAAGCUGUGCAUCCGCCACAGAGGGCUCUCUUUACCAAGGGAACCAAACCCUCCGGACGUGGAGGAUCAGCCAGAUCUCCAUUACAAUGAGAUCCCUGUCAACUUCUCGGACCAAUCAGAUUUGCAGUUUGAAACCAGCCCCGGUGAUGUCACAAACGAUUCAGCGGAGUUGGUACUCCAGGAAAGUCCCUCAUUCACCGAGGACCAAUCAGACUUUACUUUUGACUGCAGCCCCUCCCACACUGAGGAAACAGAACUGGCCUGUGACUAUGAACCCCCUAGCCAAACUCCUGAGCCGGAUGAAAUGGAGCAAGAACAGGGGAGUCCAUCAUCAAACAAGGACCAAUCAGAAACUGAGGGAGAGGGCAGCCCCACCCACACAGGGGAUCAAUCAGAGUGAUCAGCUGGGAUCCAUAUUGUCGCCUCAUGAAUGUUGAUGUUUCUUACACUUUUAGAGGUCACUCUCACCUCAAAGUCCAGCCUAGAUACCUGUGUUUCUAAUGUGGUUGUGACAGGAGCAAGCAUGUGAGAGUGAGCGUGAGUAGAUGUGAUAUUUAAUGUUGUGUUUCCGACUGUGUAAAUGUGUAAAGCUCGUUUUGUUCAGUUUGUUGAUUUUUAACGAAUCCUAAACAGACAAUGGGCUGGUCUCACACUGUAUCUGACUUCACUGCCUUGUCUUUGGCUCUUUCAUUCCCUCUAAUUACAUUUUUUUUUUCCAAGGAGAGCUUCUUGGUUUUACACUCAAGGUUUUUUUCCACAUAUACAGCAACACUUACUGCAGCACCUCUUGUCACUUAAAGAGGGUGCUGCAGUAUGUGUUGUCACUUGACUCAGUGCUGGAUGAAACUGGAGACUGCAAGUUUAAAAGGAAAAUAUUUGGGGUUGUGGAGUUAUAUGGACAAAAGGAGUGAUCUUACUUAAACCUUUUGUAGCCAGCUCCUAAUCUCUCAUUAGCCAUUACAAGCAUAACACACCUGGAACUCACACCAAACAGUCAGCAGUCAAUUAACAUCGUGGGAAACAUAGACACCAGCCAAGGAAAAAGAUAGUUGGUGUAAAAAAUUCAAUCUAUCUGAUUUAUUUUGUAAACAGAAGCCCAAUCUUGUCCAUUUUAUUUUGCAUAAUCUGGGCCAGGUCUCUGUUGCCGCUGGCUUGGCAAAUGAGCCCAGGCAUCCCUCUUUCCACCAAUGUUUUAACGUUCCUUCUUUGAGAUUCCCAGGCCAAAUGCUAAAUAUUAUCCUGAUUAGCUCUGGGUCUACCUCAGGGUCUUUUCCAGUAGGAUAUACCCAGAAAAUCUCCUAAUCUAGUGUCCAAGCCACCUCACCUGUAGACAUGCUCUCCCUGGAGUUUAAGCUCCUUAUCAUAUCUCUGAGGCUGAGCCCAUCCACUCUGUUGAGGACUCUCAUUGUGGCUGUUAUAUUUGUGAACUCAUUCUUAGGACCACUUUCCAGUCAAUUGGUGAGGGUUGGAACAUCGAUCAACGGGUAAAUUGUAAGAUUUGCUCUGUGGAUUAGCUCCUCCUUCACCUCGAUGGUCCAGUACAAAACCUGUAUUAGUGCUGUCACUGCACCAGCCUGUCUGAAGAGCUCACAAUACAGUUUUCCCUCCCUCCUGAACAACACCCUGAGAUGCAUGAAGCACUUUCUUGAAGUGGUAACCCUCAAACCAAGCACUUCACUUCAAGCGUCUUUUUUUAAGCUGUGAUCUUCUGCAGUCACUGUGGCAGCCGACAGAACCCCAAUAUCUGCAAAGAACAGGGAUUUUAAUCUGAUGUCCUAAAACUGGACACUCCCUGAUAAUCCCUUCAAUCUUGUGCAUGGAAAUCAGAAAUAGGAUAAGCAGGGAGAACCCAGAUCAAGACCAACACCCAAGUGUUUGACUUUACUGAAGAUGUGGACACAAUACUUACACUGAUUAAAUCAGCAAUUGAUGCUUCAUGACUAUGUCCUUAGUACCCCUCUACUUCUGCAUUAGCUAGGAACAACAUGGUCAAAGGCCUUGUCCAUGCACCCCAUGAUUCCCCAGUCACCCUAGAAAUAAUGGAUAGAAAUAAGUGUCCACAGUCAGGAUGGAGUAAGCACUGUUUUUUCUGUAUCAAUUGGUCUGAGACUUCUUUUUCUCUACCUUGAGAAAAACUUUUCCUGGCUGGUUUAGUAGUAUGUUACUGUGAUAAUCAUGUCAUAAGUGAAGCACACUGCUGGCUCCUUUUAAAAAAAAAAAAAAAAGGAACAACAAGCCUGGUCUGCCACUCCACCUCGACAUCCACUACCCCAGAACUCUAAGUACCUUAAUAGAUGUGCUAGCAAAGACUUUGUUUUUCCCAGCAACAGAGCAUUCAGCAUCUCAGGGCCAAUCGCAUUUACAUCUGGCACCCCACCUCUAAGGAGGUCCUUGACUGCCUCAGCAACCUCUGCUAAGGAUAUUGGUUUGGCUUCCCCUGAAUAUCAAGGUCUUCAGCUAGCUUCAGUCAUCCUGAGUUAUCGAACGGGUUUCCAGAACUUGUUUCAGGCCAUUCAAUGUCCUUCUUCAUUGCUUCCUCUCUUUUCUAGAUAUAUUUGUAGGACAUUGUUCAGGGAUCCACAUGAGACUCUCUGAACUGCUGUGUGAUGCAUAGUCUCAAACAUUCAGGACCCUUCGCUCCAUGACUUCCAAAUUGGUAACUUUAGUUCUUGUUGAGGGUCUCAGCACAGAGCUUGUGAGUAACCCCACACUGUCCAGCUUCUUACCAAUUUUGGAAAAGUGGUGAUAAGAGUCCCUCUCUUGAGGUUUAGUUUUAGAACCGAUUCCACUAGAUGUAAGCGCAAUACCUUUUUGUUGGUUCUGCUUCACUUCAAGCAUCGGCUUGGGUUGCUUCCCUGCCAGAGACUUUACAUUUCAUGCCAAACCAUUGUCUGCCAAACCAUUGCCUACCAUUCAGCUUGACAAAGACAAAGAAGCACAGAUUUUGCUGACUCUCAGGGGUCUUGUGUAUCACUUAAGGUGUGGACCAAUUUUCCUAGAUUGAUUUUGUGGUCAGUUAUUCCCAGCAGCAACACAGCUUCCAGGGUCAUGGGGAGUCCUCAAACAAGAUCAAGGUGGCAGGUGGAGGGGAUCAUUCUGAAGCUGAAGAAUAUAUCGGCGGGAUACCUGCCUGUUAGAGAUAGAGCAGAUGUUAUGAGAUGUUUAAACUGGAGUUUCCAUUAUCAAGAGUAGUCUAUUGGCCUGAUUAUCUUGUGUGUACCCUGAUAAAGGGGUUCCUACUUUUAAAAUUGUAAUUGGGACUAUGCAGCUGUUUUAUGUAAUGUGUCUGCAAGACCACCAAAAUAUCAACAUUUCUGCCAGAUCUGAUAAGUAUUUAAAAUGUUGAGAAUUUUUAGGCAUGCUCAAGCCACCUAACUUGUGAUUAAUUUAGGAAAAGAAGAAGGAAUAAAGGAAGGAUUAUUCCUUGCUAACCUA